AUGACCAGCACGGCCGGGCUCAACCGUAACGGAGGGACUUUCGUUGCACCCUUGGGGAGGGGCUCCGUGGAUUCGGCGAAGACCUCCGAGGAGGACGAGGCGUUCUUCGCUACGGGGGAUGCCGACACCAGGCAGCAGCAGCACCUGCACCAGUACCCGCCUGGCUGGACGAAGAGCUUCAAGAAUGUUUUCACCAAGUCGAGUGGUCGCAAGCUCCUACUCAUGGCCAAGGACUUGGAGAAGAUGUACGCAUACGUCGAGGGCACGACUGCCUCCGCGUUGAUUUUCUAUGGCAGCCUUCGCUUCGGCGGUAAAACGCCCGCGCUGCUGGCGUCUCUGGUGACGGGAGCGGCGGCGAGCUCGUUUGUGUCAGCCGCUUCGACCAGCGGCCUGUCGGCAGGGACGACGAGCGCCGACAUGAGCGACAUCGGCUCAGGCAAGAAAGGUGGGACGACUUCGGUUCCUGGAGACCGCACGGACGAUGCGACAUGGACGUUGUUGGUCUGGAUCAUCUCCAUCGGAGUGGCGAUGGUGGUGGCCUGGAUUGUGUGGCUAUCCCCUCUCUGGGUCUUGCUCAACCUCUUGGUCUGGGCGGAGAGCAUGAGCAGGAGCAGGAGGAGGGGGUCAUCGGGAUCGCCCAACAUUCAGGCCACAGGCGCCGUGGCCGCAGCCCCCAACAUGCCCGCCCGCAGCAUCCGCCGCCGCCACGCCCGCCGCAGCCCCCGCCAUGCCCGCCCCGCCCCGCCCGCCGCGGCACCGCCCACCGCGGCCCCGCCCACCGCCGGCCACGGCCACGGCCCCGCCAUGCUCGCCACAGCGGCAUCUACGGUACCUAACACCCGCCCCAGCCACGUCGAAACCCCAGGGACUCCUGCCCCCGCGAACACCGGGCCUGCACAGCCCGUGCCUAACGCUCUCCCUGCGCCGGGGCCUGAACCGCGGUUGGGGCGCGGCCGCCGCAGGGCCAUGCGACGCCUGUUCCGCGGGAUAUCCUUGGCCAGCAUGGUGGCCAAAGUUAAAGAAGCAGCUUCUGACGUCGACGUGGACGAAGUAGUUUCUAGUGUUGGCGAGUUCUUUGCCGACGUUGGUUUGGCCGUGGUGGGGUAAGCAAGUUCGUUCGAUCGUUCCAGUCACGCCUACGGUAAGCUCCCUCCCUCCGUGCUGCAGUCGCGUGUGCUGUGUGGGGGGUCCAUAGGAGGAGGAGGAGGCGAAGACCCGCCCGGACAGUUAAAGGUGACACCGCCGGUGGUGCUGUGGCGUGAUUGAUGAUAUUGUUUUUGUGCUUCUCUUGUCGAACAUAUAUACAUGGUGUGCGUUGCACGGGGUGGGCCGGUGGGUGACGGUGAAGGCUGGCUAGGGCAGGUAUGCAUACCACCGGCAUCGUGCCGUGGUGGUUGAUAUUUCUUUCGUUUGUCGUGCGCGCGCGUGUGGGUGGUUGGUGGACGUAUGUCAUGAUCGGCUACUUUCUGCUCGGCCGCACGGUGUUGUCGAUAUUUCCUCCUGUAGGAAUAUCGUGUGCUGCAUGCUACUCGAACGGGUGUGGGAAGCGAACCCAUCGUUCUGCCUUCGUGGACGCGCUCUUUUUUUUUUUUUUUUGUUCGAAGGGAAUGGGGGGGGGGGUGAAACGUUGUCGCGAGCCUUUCCUUA